GGGAUCGAGUCGCAUGGUCCAGGUUCAGGGGGUGUCCCUGGUUUCCGAACCCCAACCUUCGUGUCCGCGUCGGUGCCCGGUGACGGGCAGAGCGCCCCCCCUUCCCCUGAAGCCCUGGUUGCAGUGACUCGAGAAUGCUGUCCACACCGUGCGGCUCGCCCCUAGGCGGAAGGACGUAGAGUGAGAGGGUCCUGCGGAUGGGAGCGAAGGGUUGUGACCUCCAGCACCCCAUGACCUCCUAGUAGCUGACCUCCAUCCUUUCCCAAACACUCCCCAUGCCUCACUUACCUCUGGCCUCUUUCCGGCCACCGGUCUGGGGGCUGAGGCCCUCAUGGGGUCUCUCCAGGUCCCAGGCACUUUGUACACAGCCGGAGCCUCACGGCUCCCCCGUCUCUCGGAGAAACCGCGAAGCCAAACAGAAGCGCCUGCGGGAGAAGCAGGCGGCCCUGGAGGCUGGGCUGGCUGAGAAGAGCAAGAUACCUGCAGUGCCCACUAAGGCCUGGAGUCACAAGGAAGUAGUAUUGUAUGAAAUCCCCACCGGGCCAGGCGAAAAGAAAGAUGUUUCUGGGCCCCUGCCUCCUGCUUACAGCCCCCAAUAUGUCGAAGCGGCCUGGUACCAGUGGUGGGUGCGAGAGGGCUUCUUCAAACCAGAGUAUCAGGCAAGGCUGCCCCAAGCUACAGGGGAGACCUUUUCCAUGUGUAUCCCACCUCCCAACGUCACGGGCUCCCUGCACAUCGGCCAUGCGCUCACGGUGGCGAUCCAGGAUGCACUUGUGCGCUGGCACCGGAUGCGUGGGGAUCGCGUGCUGUGGAUCCCCGGGUCAGAUCACGCAGGAAUCGCUACACAGGCCGUGGUGGAGAAACAGCUGUGGAAGGAGCAGAGGGUGCGGAGACACGAGCUGAGCCGGGAAGACUUCCUCAGGGCCGCGUGGCAGUGGAAACAGGAGAAAGGAGGGGAGAUCUAUGAGCAGCUCUGCGCCUUGGGCGCCUCUCUGGACUGGGAUCGAGAAUGUUUCACCAUGGAUGCCGGCUCCUCAGCAGCCGUGACGGAAGCUUUCGUGCGACUCUAUGACUCGGGAUUGUUGUACCGGAGCCGCCAGCUCGUCAACUGGUCAUGUACUUUGAGAUCGGCCAUCUCAGACAUUGAGGUGGAAAGCCGGCCCCUGCCUGGCCGCACGGUGCUGCAGCUGCCCGACUGCCCAACCCCUGUGACUUUUGGGCUCCUUGCUUCUGUUGCUUUCCCUGUGGAUGGAGAGCCUGACACAGAGAUUGUGGUGGGAACCACCAGGCCAGAGACCCUGCCUGGAGACGUGGCUGUGGCCGUUCACCCAGACGACCCGAGAUACACGCAUUUACAUGGGCGACAGCUCCGUCACCCUUUGACAGGACAGCUUCUCCCCCUCAUCACAGACACCACUGUUCAGCCACAUGUGGGCACAGGGGCAGUGAAGGUGACUCCUGCUCACAGUCCAGCGGAUGCUGAGAUGGGGACCCGGCAUGGCUUGAUCCCACUGAGUGUCAUUGCAGAGGAUGGGACCAUGACAUCCCUCUGUGGAGACUGGCUGCAGGGUCUUCACCGAUUCGUGGCCCGGGAAAAGAUCAUGUGCACACUGAGGGAGCGGGGCCUGUUCCGGGGCCUGCAGGAGCACCCCAUGGUACUGCCCAUCUGCAGCCGUUCCGGGGACGUGGUGGAGCACCUGCUGAAGAGCCAGUGGUUUAUCCGCUGCCAGGAAAUGGGGGACCGAGCUGCCAAGGCUGUGGAGUCAGGGGCUCUGGAGCUCUGGCCCUCCUUCCACCAGAAGAGCUGGCAACACUGGUUUGCCCACAUUGGGGACUGGUGUGUCUCCCGGCAGCUGUGGUGGGGCCAUCAGAUUCCAGCCUACCGGGUCGUCGGUGAGAAUGCAGAGGAUGACAGGAAGGAAUGCUGGGUGGUCGGACGGUCAGAGGCUGAGGCCAGAGCGGUAGCGGCAAAACAGACAGGGAGGCCAGAGGCAGAGCUGACCCUGGAGAGGGACCCUGACGUCCUGGACACUUGGUUCUCUUCAGCUCUUUUCCCCUUUUCUGCCCUGGGUUGGCCCCGAGAGACGCCAGACCUCGCUCACUUCUACCCCCUCACACUUUUGGAAACGGGUAGUGACCUCCUGAUGUUCUGGGUGGGCCGCAUGGUCAUGCUGGGGACCCAGCUCACUGGGCAGCUCCCCUUCAGCAAGGUGCUUCUUCACUCCAUGGUCCGGGACAGGCAGGGCCGGAAGAUGAGCAAGUCCCUGGGGAAUGUGCUAGACCCACGGGACAUCAUUAGUGGGCAGGAGCUGCAGGUGCUGCAGGCCAAGCUGAGAGACGGCAACUUGGACCCGGGAGAGCUCGCUGUUGCAGCUGCAGCACAGAAAAAGGACUUUCCUUACGGGAUCCCCGAGUGUGGGACGGAUGCCCUGAGAUUUGCACUAUGCUCCCAUGGAAUCCUGGGGGGCGACCUGCACCUGUCUGUCUCUGAGGUCCUGAACUACCGCCAUUUCUGCAACAAGCUCUGGAAUGCCCUGCGCUUUAUCCGCCGUGCCCUGGGGGAUAACUUUGUGCCCCAGCCAGCAGAGAAGGUAACUCCCUCUUCUCCCAUGGACGCCUGGAUUUUGAGCCGUUUGGCCUUUGCUGCCAAUGAAUGCGAGAGAGGUUUCCUCAGCCGGGAGCUCUCGCUUGUUGCCCACACCCUGUACCACUUCUGGCUCCACAAUCUCUGUGAUGUCUACCUGGAAGCGGUGAAGCCAGUGUUGUCGAGUGCAUCCUGUCCCCCAGGACCCCCUCAGGUCCUGUUCUCCUGUGCAGAUGUUGGUCUGCGCCUCCUCGCCCCACUCAUGCCCUUCCUGGCAGAAGAGCUUUGGCAGAGGCUGCCCCCCAGGCAAGGUGGUCCCCUUGCCCCCAGCAUCUGUGUGGCCCCUUACCCCAGUGCCCACAGCCUGGAGUCCUGGCGCCAGCCAGAGCUGGAGCGCUGCUUCUCCAGAGUCCAGGAGGUUGUGCAGGCACUGAGGAUGCUCCGAGCUACCUACCAGCUCACAAAAGCCCGACCCCAAGUGCUGCUGCAGUGCUCGGAUCCGGGAGAACAAGGCCUAAUCCAGCCCUUCCUGGAGCCUCUGAGCGUCCUGAGCCACUGUGGGGCUGUAGGAUUCCUGCCCCCAGGGGCAGCAGCUCCCUCAGGCUGGGCAGUGGCCCCACUGGGUGACACUACAAAGAUCUGCAUGGAGCUGCAGGGCCUGGUGGACCCCCAGAGCCAGCUAUCCCGGCUAGCUGCCCGAAGGCAGAAGUUACAGAAGCAGCUUGAUGACCUCUUGACCCGGACCGUGUCAGAGGGUUGUGCAGAGAGGCAGCGGAGGAUUUCCUCCCUCCAUCUGGAACUGUCAAAGCUGGACCAGGCAGCCUCCCACCUACAGCGACUGAUGGAGGAGGCGCCCCGUGCCAGGGAGCUCUGAAACUGAUGGAGGAGGCUCCCCAUGCCAGGGAGCUCCACUCACACCUCGGCCAGCAUUCCUCCCUCCUCAGACCUGUUCUCAAGGACAGAUCUGCCUGCUGUUGGUGCAAUGGGACCUCAGAGGCGACACGGACCACCUUCCUCAUUCUGUAGGAGGGAGCAGAUUGGAAAGUCCCUACAGUUGGAGAAUGAGGAGGAGAUGGAGAUAAAAAGAUAAACCCCAAGCA